AUGGCGCGAGCGGGGCCGGGGCCGGGGCCGCCCCCGCCGGCGGGCGCGUUGGCGUGGCUGCCGCCGCAGGACCUGAGGCGCCUCAAGUUCCAGCUGAGCUACCUGCCGGCGCCGGAUCGCAUCCCCGCCGGCCUGCUGGCCCAGGCCGCCGACGGCCCCGCGCUGCUCCGCCUGCUGCAGGCUCACCUGGGCGAGCGCGCCCCCACCGUGCUGCAGCGGGCGCUCGAGGCCGCGCCCUGCCUGCACGUGCCCGGUCCAUAUCCUGACCCCAGCAACCUCCUUCCGCCGGGAAAUAAGAGGAAAAGGCUUGACCAGUGUGACGAGGAUGAGCCGAAGCGAUAUGACAUGUCGAAAUGUCGCGAGGCCUUCCUGAUGGGGGUGAAGAAGGGAAGAUCCGGGGCGACCGAGGAUAUUGAAAAAUUGCGGAAGCAUCUCGCCGCCUUCAGGUUUUCUGUGCAAGAGUGCAUCGAUCCCGAUGGAAAGGUGAUUCUUCAAGACUUGCGAGAAUUCCGGGAUAAAAUCAACGGUUCUCCGUAUGAGAUGAGCUGCUGCCUCGUCAUUCUCAUGAGCCACGGAGUGAAUGGCUUCAUUAAGGGGAAGGAUGAGAAGGUGGUCGACCUCGAGGAGAUCUUCAAGCUAUUCAACAAUGCAAAUUGCCCAAAUCUCCGGGAGAAGCCCAAGAUCUUUAUAAUCCAGGCCUGCAGGGGAGACAGGACAGAUGGGGGAGUGGAAGCCUUUGAUAAUGUCCCAGAGGAAAUGGAUGAUACAUCCAACGUCAAGAGACUGCCGACCACCAGUGAUUUCUUUAUCGUCUAUUCCACCCAGAAAGGUCACGUGUCCGUCCGCAAUCCUCUGAUGGGCUCUAGAAUGAUUGAGGCAAUGGAUGACGUCUUUUCCCGGUAUGGAAAGAAAUGGCAGCUUACUGAUUUGUUUACCAAAGUCAACGACGAACUUGUCCACAGGGACUUUUACGGGUUCCAGGGUAUAGUGAAAGUGACCCUGGAAAUGCAGUCCACUCUGACGAGGGCAGUGUAUCUGGGCUCCGAGGAGGACCUUUGAGAGAAGCCCUCAUCCGCACAAGAACACUCGACCACUCGAGGAGGUCUCGACGAUGCUGUUGCCUUUCUCCACAGUGUUGCCGCGCUAACUUGGAAGCACAUUCUCGGUGCCCGUUUCCCCUUCCGGAAGCCGAUCGUUGGCUUCUUUUCCGAGUUCCCAGUCUUUUCCGAGUCGGAAUAUCCUGUUGAUAGUCUGUCGGCUCUCUUCUCUCAAGAUCCCAAACCCCACCCCUUCCCCCCAACGCCC